AAGCCGAGCUGGAGCUAUUGACACAGAUCCAACCGAUGUUGGCCUCCGUGGGACAAGGAUACAGUACAGCUCUGCUGCUCCAGGGCCGGGAAACAGAGGCAGCCCGGUUUGUGCCCCAGGUCCUGAAGAUGCUGUUUGAGGAAGCUCCGCCUCUCUGCAGCUCUGGUCCUGUGCUUUGCACUCUCAGCCUGGUGCAGAUUAGCCCCAGCGGGCAGACUCGGGACCUGCUCUCCCCAUGUCUGGAGGACCUGCCAGUACUGGAUGUGGCCCCACUGGGCAUGGUGGUGAAAGACGCCAGAGAAGUGCAGGUGUCUGACGCCGGAGCCGCCUCUGAGCUCUACCUGAAGGCUGCUGGGAGUGCAGGCCGGGCCUGCUCCCUGCUCACGCUCACCACGUCCUGCCCUGGGCCUGAGGCCCAGCAGGUGUGUCGAGGAACCUUGAGGAUCAUGCAGCUUCCAGGCGGCCCACACUGCCCCCUGCUGCGCGUGCUGGCUGGUGAGGCUGGGGAGGAGGUGGAGGGCUCUCUGCCCUGGAUUGUCUCCUGGCUCCUGGAGGGAAACACCUGCAGUAGCCUCCUUCUUCGUCUGGACCCACGAGAGAGCUCUCUGAGUUUGCUUCAGGCUGCUCUGUCGGGGGCCUCAGAAAAGAGGGUACAGGUGAAAGAGGUGAGGCCCACCCUGUGGGAUGCAGUAGAGGAGAUGAGGGCCCGCAGGGCCACCCUGAAGACGCUGCGUUUAGGCCUCCUUGGAGACACCCUGACUGAUGGUGGGUUGAACCAACUAAAAAGGACACUCUGGGAGCUACAGGUGGUAAAAGCCCGGGGCCCAAGAAGCCAUGCACCCAAAGGGGCUGGAGCUGAGGCUGUGGGGCUCCCAGAGCCACAGGUUAAAGGCAAGCCACUGACCUACAGCAAGCAGGGAAGACAUUUCGCUCAUUUGUCAGAGGCAGGAAGAAGAGAAUUUCUAGGGUCUGGGCUCCACCAUAAACAUACUCUCAGGCACUCUGAGGAACAGGCCUGUCAGGCCCCAGAUGUGGCUCUGCAGUUCUCUCUGGCCCAGGCUCGGAGGCAGAGACUUCGAGAGGAACACCAGCUUUGGAUCCAGGAAGAGCUGAAACAUCUGGAUCAUCAGGAGGAAGUGGCCUGUAAACAUAUUAAAGGCCUGGUGGCGGAGGCUUGUGAGGAGAGAGAGAGACCAUGGAAGGAGCAGACAGCGCUGAGACUUCAGGUGGAAGCCCUGCAGGCAGAACGGGACAUGGCAGAGCAUGACCUGGUGACCCUCUAUGACCUGUAUGUGCAGGCCACCCGGGCUCGGACAUGCCACUUGCUGCAGGUAUUCCAAGCCUGGCAGAGGCUGUGGGAGGAGAAGGCCAUGGCCACAGAACACCAUCACCGCAGUCUGCUGGCCGGAGUCCUCCAAGACUCCAUUGAUCUGGCCUUGAAGAUCCAGGAGCUCCAGGCCAGGAACCAGCAGCUUGAGCAGAGUGCAGGCAGGGCCCAUUGUGCUGGAGUCCUGCCCGGAGAGGAACCUGAUCAGGACCACCAUGGGGCUGCCUUCCUUUGUCCUCAUUCAUGAGGGCCCCAGAAAGGAGAGCAAGGUGGGGUACAUCAACCAAGAUGGCCGUCAUUACAGAUCAUUACCACAAUCACUAA